ACAGUUCAAAGGUCAGCCGGCUGUAGAAUUUGCCACGCUCGAGCUCGAAGGAAGUCGGAAAGUUUCCUCCCAACUUCUCAAGAAGUCCGGCGGCGAUUCUCAUGCUCCAUCGAACCUUCUUCAGGUUUGCUUCUCUCGCCAAUACCUUAAGUCGUUCUCAGGGUUUCUCCGUGCCUUCAAGGAACUGUUCGCAGACGAUGGACGAGGCUGUGAAGAUGUCUCGGCGGAUGGUGUGGGUGGAUCUGGAGAUGACGGGACUGGACCUGGACUCGUGCCACAUUAUCGAGAUGGCGUGUCUGAUAACUGACGACGACAUGAACGUGGUGGCCGAGGCUCCGGACCUGGUCAUCCACCAGCCGGACUCUGUACUGGACACCAUGAACGACUGGUGCAAGGAACACCACGGGAAGUCAGGGCUGACGGAGGCUGUGAGGAGAAGUGAGCUGUCGCUGCAGGCUGCGGAGUACGAGAUGUUGUCGUUUGUGCGACAGUACACGCCCCCGGGCGUUUGUCCGCUGGCGGGGAACUCCGUUCACGUGGACAAGAAGUUCCUGGAGAAGUACAUGCCGCAGUUCAUGAACCACCUGCACUACAGAAUUAUAGAUGUGAGCACGAUUAAGGAGUUGUGUCGGCGCUGGUACCCUGAGGACUACAACACGUCCCCGCAGAAGUCGGCUACUCACCGGGCCCUGGAAGACAUCAGGGAAAGUAUCAAGGAGCUGCAGUUCUACAGGAGUCAUGUCUUCAAGAAAGUAUAGCGUCUUGACAGGAAGCACCACAAGUGACAUCUUCCCCAUGAAUCUGUUGUUUUAUUUUGCUGCCCAGAAAUCAGACAUUGCCAUAUUAUGUUAGUUCAACUAAAACUGCUUGAUUAAGUUGUACUGGGCUUAUAUAUGCUACAAAGUACACAUACAUGUAGCCUUGUGGAAAGAAAGAGUCAGAGCUAAAGAUUUUAUUACUAGUACUUGAUGAACAGCCAAGGUGAUUUUGUUCAUUGUCAUUGUUACUCAUGUAAUGCUACAUUGUCAUUCCAGAAGAGAAAUUGGCAAAGUACAUGUAUCAACAAAAUUUGCAGAGUUUAUAUUGGAAAGAAAAUUGAACAAGCCAAAGUUUAAGUCAACUGACAGUUCUUUUUUUUCUUCUUUGUUGCGCAAAAAAAGCACUUGGAAAGUUAGUUUAACGUAAGCUGUCUCCUUGUCACAAAAGAAGUUGUGUAGUAACCUGUACACAUUAGCUAAAGUGUUACUUUUCUUCUGUUUGCUAAUUCAUUAGUUGAUAAUCUUGCAUAUUAGUAAGUAUUUGCUUUAGACCAGGGGUGCUCCUGGUGCACUAUGCAGUUGAAAUUCACUGUCCAAAUUUUAAGACCAUGAUAUUGGGAAACAGUUAAAAAGUGCCAACAUUAAGCACAAUGCUCCGUCCUUAGUCUGUCACACGUGCACUAGAAGACUAAAGGGCUGCUGUAAGCACAAUGUAGUCAAGCUGACACUAUCCUAACAGUUUUAAAUAUCACAUUAUCAGUAACAAAAGGUAAAAGGUGUAAUCAGUAGUAACUAAAUACUUUAAGUAACAUAGAAAACAAAUACUGUAUUAGAAUUAUCCACGUAAAGUGGUGCAUGGAUCUUUCAACAUUAGUUUGGUCCACUUAGCUCACUUAACAUUACAAAAAAUUUAAAACUUCAUCACGACAUUGACAACAACUUGUUGAAAUGAAUUUCAAAUUUGACGUAUGUGCAGUGUAAACAAAAUGUUAAUGAAAUGUACUGAUGAACUCCUUAGAACUGUAGUGUAUACACAUUCAUUAACUAUGAUUUAUUUUUGUUGGUAAAAUUGUUGCAGUUUUAGUAACAAGUUAAUAAGUUAGUUAAUAUGUAUUUAUCGUUGAUAUACAUGUAAUAAGUGUAUUUAGUCUGUGGUACUGAUGUGCACUUGGUUCAUGUGAGACUGAUGAAAUUGUUGUCUGACUUUUGCAAAACCUGUCUACAAAUUGCAGAAUACACCAGUUCUUAGACUUGCUACAUAGGCUGUGUGAACAUGUAAAUGUUUGUUUGAUUUUUUGUGUGGAUCAGGUGUGUAUAGGAUUUGAAGUGAGAAUGUUGAUGUUGAUACAUAAUCUGUUCAGCCCAACUUUGGUAAAGACAGCUAACACACACACACAAGACACACAGACGUCUAUUAAGUUUUAUCCUUGUUUACUGUUCAACAAAGGUUGAUUUCUUGUAAGGCAAAAGACACAAACUGGUCUACAUAUUGAUUCUUCCGUUGUGUAUUGAGAUGAGAUUUGCACAAGUUGUUCUAAGCCUCAGCUAGCACAUGUGAAAGCUGCACAUGUCUUUGGCACCUACAUGUACCUAUGGCCACCUUAUAUUUACUAGAAGACUCAACAUCACCAAGGCCACAGAAAUUAUUCUGGUUGUUAAUCACUGGUAGAUUUUCUCACUAAACCAAAAAGUUCCAGGUGUGAGGUUAGUAGCCUCCUCAGCAGGCUUUAUAGGUCCACGUUCAAUGUAGGCCCCAAAAAGCCCAGCCUGUAGAGACUGCUAAGGAGGCUAUGAUGUUGGAAACAACCAGUAGUGACAUGACCUUGUUUGAAUCACAUUUCCAAUCAAUCAACUAAAAGUUUUACGUACUCACAAUUCUUAGAUAGCAGCCAGAGUCUAUCUCUGAAACUACAUUGUAAGGCACUAUAGUAAGCUGUUAAUAUUUCAUAAAACAAAAUAUUCAAGGGCACAGUAAUAAGUGCAUAUUUAAAUCUUGUUUACGUGCAAAUAAGGACAAUAAAAGAAUAUGGAAGUAUAAUUUAACACAACUUUGAAUAGAAUAUUUCCAAGGCA